AUGACCAACGAGAAACCAACGAACCCGAUGGACCGCCGGAUCCUGAUCAUGGAUCUGUUUGACGAAGGCCGGUUUCACGGUUCCACCACAGUUGAAGAUUUGGUCAAGGCAACUGGCGGCACUUCGGUCGCCAUCACUCGAGCCUUACGUGCCCUGCGUUUCGAGAUCGCUAGACGCGCGAGCACGAGACGCGUCCGCAUCGGAAAAGGCCGUCGGACCAAGGCGGUGAAAGUUCCCCGCCAGUGGGCCCAACCCAAAGAGUGGCCACGCGAUUUCGCUCUGCAGCGCAGCCUGCGCCGAGCCGGGAUGUCGGCAGGAGCGAUCACCAGAGUGUCCAAUAGCGCCCUUGUGCCCAUAGACGUGUUGGAGAAGGCGGCACUGUCGUUCGUCGGCAGCGAAUCGCAACUCAGUAAACGCGGCAAGCUGAAGGGAGUCAUCAAUGAGCUGCUACAGAUGGAGCGCGAGCAGUUGCUGGGCAGCAACAUCGGCACAAACGAGCUGUUAGAAGCGUUGGGUGAAACCGGUGGCAACCGGGAUUACCUGCUGAAUCGCGUGGCGGCCUUUGCCAAACGCGACCGGCAAUAUAGAGAGGAAAAUGAGCAUCUCAAAGCGAGACUCAAGGCCCUCGAAGAAACACUCUCAUCAAACAAGGAGAAUGACAAUGAGUGUAUCUCCAGCCAGGCGGAGGGAGGCGUGUUUGCACUUCCUCAGAAGCAACUUUGA